AUGAUUCUCCGCUUCUCCAUAGGACAUCCAAGCCCUCCACCAUGCACUUUGAGGAAACACAAGAAUAACAGAAAGCCAAGAACUCCAUUCACUACUUCUCAAUUGUUGGCCUUGGAAAGGAAAUUUAGACAGAAGCAAUAUCUUUCUAUUGCUGAAAGGGCUGAAUUUUCAAGCUCUUUGAACCUCACAGAGACACAAGUAAAGAUCUGGUUUCAAAACAGAAGAGCCAAAGCAAAGAGGCUUCAAGAGGCUGAACUAGAGAAGCUAAAAAUGGCUGCCAAGCCAUUACUACCAUCCUUUGCUCUUCCGUUUCCUUUAACUGCCCAGCUAGGGUCUGCUUCACCUUAUGGACCUCCUAACUCUUUUCAGAGACCUCCCAUGCCUGUUCCAGGAUUGUUCACAACUCCGGUCACAUAUGGAAUGUAUUACUUAUCAUAA